AUGACUACUUCCAGUGUGGAAACACCACUUCGGAGAGUUACAAACGGAACACCGAUAGGGAAAUCAUCCGGCCAAGAGGAGAGGUCGUUCGUUUCUAGAUUCAACCUUCUCCUUGAUUGCUUGAUCGUCAGCGGCAAACUUAUCGGCGUCGUUGAUCAUACGCUCGAUAUCUUCCGGACUCAAACGAUUGUGAUCGUUGGUGAUGGUGAUCUUGUUCUUGUUUCCGGUUCCUUUGUCUUCGGCGCUGACGUGGAGGAUUCCAUUGACAUCAAUUUCGAAGGUGACUUCGAUUUGGGGAACACCACGUGGAGCUGGAGGAAUUCCGGUGAGGUCGAAGUUUCCGAGCUUGUGGUUAUCCUUAACCAUUGGUCGUUCUCCCUCGUAAAUUACGAUGGAGACGGCGCUUUGGCUAUCGGAGGCAGUAGAGAACACUUGACUCUUCUUUGUUGGGAUGACUGUGUUUCUGGAAAUGAGCUUGGUCAUCACUCCUCCAACUGUCUCGAUUCCCAUCGUGAGUGGGUUGACAUCAAGAAGGACGACGUCUCCUGUGUUCUCAACUCCUCCGAUAACUCCUCCUUGAACGGCAGCUCCGUAAGCAACGGCCUCAUCCGGAUUGAUACCUGA